GAAUAUUUAAUAAACCCGGAAGUUAGGCGGUGCUGCUGUUUUGCUGUCGAGUCACCUCUGAUGGGAUGGAGGAAAAAGAACUGCUAUAAUGCUGGAACGGAACAUCUCUAAUCGGGACACUUAGACAUAAACCGUAAUUUUUCGUCACUACCAAACCGUUUCGACAACGCUUAGUCAAAAAUGAUGGAAGAAAUCGACAGAUUCCAAGUGCCUCCAGUCAACGGAGAGACGCAACCUUUGGAUCCAGCAGCCUCCUCCAACUCAGAAGCUGACCCCGAUACCAAAGGAGAGACUGUGGCUAUAAACUACAAGCCCUCCCCACUGCAAGUCCAAAUAGAGAAACAGCGGGAUCUUGCCAGGAAGGGAUCUGUGAAGAAUGGCACUGUGGGUAGUCCUGUCAAUCAACAACCUAAGAAGAAUGCUAGGACAAGGUUGGUUGUGCCAAACAAAGGCUAUUCCUCUUUAGACCAGAGCCCAGAUGAGAAGCCCCUUGUAGCACUGGACACCGACAGUGAUGAUGACUUCGACAUGUCCAGGUACUCGUCAUCAGGAUACUCCUCAGCCGAGGUGAGAUGUCUGAGGGACCAGCAAAUCAACCAGGACCUCAACAUCCAGCUCCUAAAGGAUGGCUACCGACUGGAUGAGAUUCCAGAUGAUGAAGACCUGGAUCUGAUCCCCCCCAAAGCGGUUAACCCCACCUGCAUGUGCUGCCAAGCUGCUCCCUCCACGGCGUGUCACAUCCAGUAGCACUGCCCUCCUCUUUAAAAAAGAAAAAAAAAUACAGAGGCCACAAAGAGAAUGGAUUGAAUAGUUUGCACACCUUUAGAGAAGACAAAGGGGUCUGUAUUUGUCAGAGAGUCAGUGACAGAGGUAGGUAACACUAAUGAAUCAUGUGCACGUUCCUCCUAUGGUUGGAUGUGUGCACCCUCUGCAUUGUAUGGUCAACUAGAACUGCAAUGAUGGCACAGACAUCAGCUUGAAGGAAAACAUCUUUGCUUCACCGGUACAGUAAUUUUUUUAUUUUUAUUUUUUUGCUUACAUGAUCAAUUAAGGAAUGAUUAGAAACAACAUUGGACAUAAGAUCAGACUAAGCUUCUCUUCUGGAGAUAAGGAAUCCACUGAUUUAUUCCUUCUAUUAUUGGUCAAAGACUGGAAUUUGUGCAGAUCAUCACCAUUCUGCUUUGUCUUCAUGUGUGUCCAACAUAAAAAUUGAUGUGUAUGUGUGAGUAUAUACUGAGAGAAGUAGCCCUCAACCAUCUUGCUUCUCACUAUAAUAUACUGUACAGUUACUCUUAAUUUUCUAAUGUAAUUUUGGUUUUAUCAUUGCAGGAAAAAAGUUAAAACUUAGUUUAUUAUGUUGCCUGCUGAAACUGUCAAAUGGCCAACUAGAGCAGAUGAUGGCUCACUCUCAUUGACCUCUUAAUGUUGCUGUCAGACACCAUUCACUGUCUUUUUUGUUUAGUUUUGCUUUCUUUUUGAGAAGCUUCUAAGAAAUGUAUUCAGAGCAGAUUGUUAGCGAAUGUCUACCCAUGAAGAAAUACGAAGGGAACAUCUUGUAAUGAGAAUUUAGCUGGAAAUGGUACAAAAUGGUAUAAUAUAAUCUCAUAAAUAUUAGCAAUAUUGCAUGCAUGUGUGAGCUAUGUGUGCAUGCGACAGACCCCACAAAACUGAGGUUAUUUUGAAUAAUAAUUUGAAAAGAUUACUUUUUGUACCAAAUCCUACUUAUUUCUCAUGAGAACCUGCCGUUUUUGGAAAAUGUUAUAUGUGCAAUUUGUUGUACCUGCUGUGAAUUUUGACAUAUAAUUUAAAAAUGUGAGUGCAGUGGAAGCAUUUUUAUUUAUUCUUUAUUUCAGCUUUCCUGUUUCAGUGUAAAAUACAUUAAGUUCAUCAGUUACAGUUAAGUUAAAUUUUGUUGUUGUUUUGUACAUAUCCAACCUGAAUAGUAUAUAUUUUUGGACAAUAUCCAUAAAACCUGCCACAGCUUUGUAUUGUCACUGCCAAUGGCCUUUUCUCUCAUGGUCUUUUUGUGUUUACUACACUUGAGACAUUUCCUGGUUGCUAGCACUAGUUUGUGAAUUUCUUCUGAUAAAAGUGACUGUGAAAGACCAUGGCUAAAUUUCCCCCCAAACUGUAAUUUUGUUCCACUUACUGCGUGCAAACUCGGCUAAUAUAAGAUAAAUGUAACAUCACAAGCUAAGCCAUGCUAAAUGACUUAAAUACAACUUAAGUGUAUCAGUGCACUUAAUACAGAUGGAAAUUGCAUAACAUUCUGAAUAUUUUGAUGACUUUUUCAAUUUUGAGUUAGCACAGUACAUGCGGGACACCUUGUUUUAUUGUUUCAUAAAAUUUGGGGGCUCAUGUUUACAUUUUUUGUAAUUACUUUGGGACAUGUAGUAUAGCUAUGUCAUUUGUGUUAUUUUUGCAUUUCCAGUACAGUACAGUAUACUGCAUAUUAGGUAAUGUUUCUCUUAAAAGGGACAGAUUGUAUUUAGUGCAAUGAGUGAAUAGAAUCAAAUCCUUUAGUGAUCAUACUCCCAUUAAGGAAUGAGUCUUCCCAAUUUAAGUAAAACCACACAAUUAAGCUGCCAUUUGAAAUGUUGGCAUGAAGUAAAAAGUCUUGUUUCAUUGCUACAAGUUUGUCUACAGAAAACAUUCAGACUGAAUAUACUAAAUGUGUGUCAGUUCUCUUAGAAGUAACGCCAUUUUCGACUUGUCAUAUUUGCCAUAUUUUGUCUGUAAUACAUUAACAAUAUUUAUUUGCAGUUGUACCUUUUAAAUUAUUUUCCAGCUAUGUGUAAUAUAUCUUUUCAUUCAAUGAAUGUUUUAUUUGUCAGACACUUACGACGACUGUAAAAUGGUUCCAUUUAGAAUUACCAGUGUUCAAGUUCUGUGUAUAGUGCAAAAAGUCCCAAAAAUAAAUAAUGGCUAUCUGAAA